AUGUAUCUUCUACUUUUUCUCAUCUGUUUCAUUGGAAAUUCUUGGUUUUCGCCAUUAUUUGUCAAUGCUGCAUCUACUAUCUUAUUUGUGGGCACAUAUACAGGCGACGGUGCAAAUGAUAGCAAAGGAAUCUAUGCAUUUUCCCUUGACAAUACAACUUCAACACUGACGCCAUUAGGUUUGGCUGUUGCAGCACCUAAUCCAUCUUAUGUACUUCUUCAUCCUACACAUAAAUAUCUUUACGCUGCUAAUGAAGAAACAAAUGGUCGAAUAAGUGCAUUCAAAAUCGAUACCAGUCAGCCUGGACGUCUAACAUACAUUAAUCAACAGUCAUCAGGUGGCGCUGGUCCAUGCUAUUUAUCCAUAAACAGAGCUGGUGGACAUAUAUUUGUUGCAAAUUACAAUGAUGGAACUGUUGCUGCUCUACCAAUCGAUGGUUCCGAUGGUAGUUUGAAAACUUAUAGUGGUUUUGAUCAGCACGUGGGCGGAUCCGUUGAUCCCGAUCGUCAAAGAUCGGCGCAUGCUCAUUGUAUCCUACCGGAUAAAAUCGAACAAAAUCUCUUGAGUGCAGAUUUAGGUGCGGACAAAAUCUUUGUCUAUCGAUUUUUUCCCAACAAUGGUUCACUAUUACGAAUAAAUGCUGUUAGUACAGCUCGAGCAGGCGAUGGGCCACGACAUUUAAUAUUUAAUUCCAACGAAAAAUUUGUCUACAUAGCCAACGAAUUAAAAUCAACAGUUACAGUUUACAGUUACUUUCCAAGUUUACGUCCCAUUCAAAUCAUUUCUACCUUACCAUCCGAUUUUACAUCUCCUAGUUAUGUAGCUGAACUUCUUCUACAUCCAAUCUCGGAAAAAUUCCUCUACAUAUCCAAUCGUGGCCACGAUUCCAUUGCUGUCUUUUCAGUUAAUCAAUCAACUGGCAUUCUAGCACCACUUCAGUAUAUAAGUGUUCAAGGUCAAAAUCCACGAAACUUCAAUAUUACUCCUGAUGGAAAAUAUUUAAUUGUUGCUAAUCAAAACUCGAACAAUUUAGUGGUGUUUUCUAUUGAUCCUGCAACAGGAAUAUUGACAGCAACUGGUUCCACUGCACAAACUUUCGAGCAAGUAGAGUUAUUUAAUAAUGAUAUGCACAGCUCCGUUUUCAUUCUCUCUUCCACAUAUCAACACCCACAAAACAAUAUAGCUCGAAUAUUCUUCGGUGUCUUCUAA